UGCUGGCCGGAGACUGAAAUUGUAUCGGAGACUGAAAAUGAUGACACGGCACUCUAUGCCAUCACCCUCAUACUCGCAUCUCAAGUCGUCAACCCCUCACGCGUGUGUUUAGAAACGCAGUCAAGUUUUUCAGCCAUUUAGUCACCGGCUCUGUGGUCCACUGUACGUAUAACCUUCGGUUCUAUGCCAUUUCGGAGCAAUUCAGGCUGGUUACAGGAGCAAUUAUUAUAACCGGUUGACGAAUGGAACCUACUACUGUACGGGACUCAGCAAACGACUCACAGUCAGUGCCGCAGCAGCCGAACCCGCAAUCUGCAAAGCCGUCCUCGAGAAAGACACGGCAGAAGAAACAAACAAACUCUUCGGAAUCUUCACGCCCCGCGCCGAACUCAUCUAACUCCCGCCGACCACCAGGCCGUCGGAGCAAUAAUAACGCUACUAGUACAGUUGAAAAUCCUCAAACAACGAGUGCUGCAGCUCGGCCUGCUACUGAGCCGCAUCAACAAGACGCUGCGCGUUUUCGAGGCAUACCGAUCCCUUCCUAUCCAGCUCCCCUUCAUUACAUGAUGAAUCACAAUUACCACCCCAUAAAUCCAUCCCCUUUCACCCAACAACACCCUUCCGGGGGCUACGCCCCAACCAGCUCUGUUAAUGGCGCCACUGGCCCUGGUAUGCCUAGCCACUCCUCUUCUCAGUAUUAUCCUAUGCACCCGACAUAUCCCCCCGCUCCACAUGGCUAUGCACCGUAUUAUCCUCAACAAAUGAUGAUGUACGGUGCACCCCGCUCCACUACGUCAGUGCCAGAACAGCCACCCAGCGCACCGUCACCCGUACCAGCCUCCGCCCCUGCGGCAAUUGGUAAGCGGAAAAGAAAGUUGGAGCCCUCGCGUAGCAAGGUGACCGUGGAGAAGGAUUCGGAUCAAGAAGGUCCGUCGGGAAGUGAUGUUCCAGCAAAACGAAGCACUCCCACUGCUACGACGCCGACUGCGUCUGAUUCGAAGAAGCGUACAAAAACACAAAGGGCUUGUGAUAGCUGCAGAAGUCGCAAAAUAAGAUGCGACGUUCUUACGGACUCAGAACCACCACUAUGUCAGCACUGCAAACAAUAUGGGUUUGAGUGCACAUUCUUCCUGCCUAUAACAGAAACACGUUUCAAAAAGAAAAAAAUGGAAGAAGAGGCCGCAGAAAAAGAAAAGGAGAAGUCCACGGACACUCGACGAAAUACGUUGUCUCCUCAAGCUGAAUCUGGGGAUCGAAGGGUUUUCGGACCGACGGCUGCUGUACAUCUUCUGCAUUCACAACCUAUAAUUUCUUCCCGGAUAUACGAGUCUUAUGACCAACGUUAUCACCACACUUGGGAAGUAUCAAAAAACGGCGACGGUGUAAUUUCCGUCCAAAAUGUUCCAGAGGACGAGAAGCAAGUUUCGCAUCCAAAGCCCAUCGAUUUGCGACUCGAACCUGAAGUCCUCCAAAACCUCCUUAAUGCUUAUUUCAAAGAGAUUGCUCCUCUCUUGCCUGUUGUAUCGCAAGAAGAAUUCUUGGCGAAUCCUUCCCCUUCCCCCAUCCUCUUGUACUCGAUGUGUCUGGUUGCUGCUGCAAGGAGGGAGGUGCCGCAGAGUGUCUUUGACUCCAUUCGAUAUGCGGUUAAUGGCGUGAUCAAGGCUGAAGAUGUUUUGUCUACGGCCUCUAUCGCGAACGUGCAAGCCUUGCUUAUUCUUAGUAUGAUGGGUGAUAGCCAUUCUCAAUUCGUUCCGAAUGCUCUUUCGGCACUCUGGAUUCGGUUGGGUACGGCGAUACGGAUGGCUCAAGACUUGGGGCUUCACCGAGCAGAGUCGGUCAAACAGAGCGUCGAACUGCGAAGACGUUUGUGGGGUGCAUGUGUCAUAUGUGACAGAUGGACGAGUUUGACGUAUGGUCACCCGUACAUGAUUGAUGUGCAAGACUGCGAUGCUAGGCUUCCCUCAUCUGGCGAUCCCAAUGAUUUAUACAUGGACGAGCUCGUCAGGUUGAGCGUAAUACUGGGAAGGGUGCUCAAGACCAUUUACAGCCCGUCUGGCCUGAUGUUCACCACGGAUGAUAUGCUGUAUAGCCUACUGUCCGACCUUGAGUCGUGGAAGAAAAACCUCCCAGGGAACCUACAGUAUUGCGGUCCUGACACACCUCAAGAUGCCGGGCUCUUGCACCUCCUCUACUGCUCGGUGUGCAUGAUUUUCUGGCGGGUCUUCAUGCGCAUAUCCUAUGCUUGCCCUGCACAUCUGAAAUUCGGGUUAACCGUCGAGACAUGGACUUCUUUAGUUCGACUGACCGGCGAAUCGAUCGAUUGGCUCGAUACUCACGAACGAAUGUAUGACGUUUGGCUACUAGUCCCUUACGCGGCAACGUCCUGCGCACUUGUCCAGUACCAUACAUGGGCAAGGCGGCAAGAUGCUGAAGCGGCCACUAAGCUUAGAAAGCUUCGAGAUUGCGUUCGAAGAUGGGAAGGUUCAAUCUCUCCUGACCACAUGUCUGCCCGACGAAAGACAGCCGAGAUUAUUGCUCUUCUGUAUGAGGCCACUCAGGGUCCACCCCUCCCUCUUGAUCAACCACCUCUGCUGAAUCCCACGGGCGGCGUAAAGGGCAAACGGGCUUUGAGUGGUCUGGAGUAUAAGAAAGAUCCUUCGCGUCCUGGUGGAGGUUUCUUCGUUGCGCAUGGUGAGGCUCGCAAUUAUGAGGAUCUACCUCGGGGCACAAUUGUGACGUCAUCUGAUGAUGAAGUAGAAGCAGAGGCCACUGAGAAUUCGCAGCGUGGCGGCUCAUCGAUGGUCACUAUAACGCCACUUCCGUCUGCGCGUGGUGAUGGGACUAGCUUCCCUAAUAUGAACCCUGCUUUGAAUGGUGUCAAGAGCGACACGCCUAGUAGCGUGCAAGUCCUUAACGUGCUUGACGUUCCGCAGGCAUCGAAUACGCUGGAGCAAUUCGCGAUGGCUGAUGUUGGCCUCCUAGAGGGCAUCCCUGGAGGUAUGUUUGACUGGGGUCAAUGGGACUCGUUCUUCUCUCGGUUCAAUCCAUCUGUCGCUGGUGUUGAAAAUGCGGGGGGACAACGACAAACAGGAGUAAACGCACCAUCGAUGGUUCAGUCUGGUCAAUUGCAGCCCCAACAGACUCAUAGUUAGCAUGGACACGACAUGCCUCGUGCCAAUUAUUAUUCGGUUCCGAAGUAUGCAGAAGCUUUUUAUUAUACUUUGAUGGACUCUUCGUCUUUUACUUGUUUUUCGUUCGCUAAUUAAGCUAGCGUGUGUUUUUGUAAUCUGUAAAAACCUGCGAACAUUGGCAUGUCAUACAUACGCCACACUAUAUCUAUUAUGAUAACAUGAAUGCGAUGGCUUUUUUAUAUAUUGAUGUUGAAUAGACCC